AUGGUUAAUGUGAUGAUCAUGGUUCAUGGUUUGCAAGAUCAUCAGGAGAAAGGAAAUUACCUUCUGAUCAUUAGCCAUGGGUUUAGGUUUGAUCAACUCUUCAUUUUUUUCCUGAUCAUUUUUUCAAGCUUGUGGUGUUGUCAUGUUGCUGCAGCAGACAGUAUUGGGGACACACUCGAAAUUGGCGACACUCUCAAUUCCUCAAGCGCUUUAGUUUCUGCGUCUGGGAAGUUCACUUUGCUUUUCUUGCCAAACGCUUCAAAUUCCAACUACAGCUAUCUAAAUAUCAGGCGGCCAAAUGGAAUUGGUGCAAAUAAGGCGUGGGUUGGCAACCGAGACUCACCUGUUUUAUACCUUUUUGGAGUUCUUACCUUGGACUCCAACAACACAUUAAAAAUCAUUACAAACAAUGAAGGUGGCGGUGGCGAUCCUCCUAUAGUGCUUGGCUCUGCGCCAAAAAGUAGUAGUAAUGUUGUGGCUACUUUGUUGGAUUCUGGCAAUUUUAUCCUGCAAGAGCUGAACUCUGAUGGAUCAACAAAGCAGGUGUGGUGGCAGAGUUUUGAUUAUCCAACAGACACCUUUUUACCAGGCAUGAAGUUAGGUGUCAAUCAUAGCAAUGGGCACAUUUGGUCUCUUACGUCAUGGACUGACUUCUUCUAUCCACUGUCUGGGCCUUUCACCCUUGGUUGGGACCCAAAUGGUCGCCAAUUGGAAAUUCGUGGACGAGGGGUGGUUUAUUGGAGAAGCGGAAACUACAACACAAGUAGUAAUAGAUUUGAAUUUAUCAUACCGGAUCAAAGGCUUAUGUUCAAUUAUAGCAUUGUUUCAAAUGAGAAGGAAGAGUACCUCACUUACUCAACAGAAUUUUCGUCAUCAUCUCUAUUAACUGCUUUAACAGAUUGGCAAAGGAAAGAACCAUGA